GAUCAUGCUGUUCAUCAAGGUCGUCGCUUUGUUUUGCCUCAUCUACAUCGUCUCAGCAGAAAACUGCAGAUUUAUCAGGUUUGAGAACGCAGCAGAGGCUGAACGUCGUGCAUUAUUCGAAAGAUGUUUGCUGAGCUGCGAUGAAUCGCCUCGAGAAUUGAAUCCCUGUUACAACUGCAUUAUACCCUACAGAGAUUACGGAUGUUUGCUGAAGAGAGGAGAGCUUAUCGGAUGCGAGACCCACUGCGCAUCGCAACAGGGAGAUGGAGAAUUUAUGUUUUGCCUUCGACGAUGCGCACAAAAGAGGAGAACAUUGAAAAAGUUGAGGACUUUCAAGGAAACCAAGACCGAAGUGAGCCAACUUCGGAAACAUUGUUAGACCCAAUUGGUAGCCU